GUAUUGAGUUCUCGUUCCAGAUCUAUCUGGGUGGCACUGAUUGUGUGAUCAAAUCUAAUUUCCUGGCAAAGAAUCAUUAAAGUACUCCUUUACACGCAUGGAUAGUUGCUUAAAACUGGUUCCUCGUAACUGUUACAAUACGUACAGUUCGGUAGUUGUUGCUUUGUUUGUAGCAAUUGGCAUGGUUCUAAUUGGAAUCGCGAGUGAUUACGAGUCGAAAUCAAGUCUAGAAUGUGACCUCACGAGCUCUUUAUUCAAGGGGAAGUACAUUGAAACACAGUGUCGUCUUCUAUAUGCCCAAGAAUUCCUCCCUUCCCUAUCUCUCAAUGUCCAGAUUGGGUUAAGUUUUGGACUUGUGGUUGUAUGUAGUGUGGUGUACGGUUACCUGGUAAAACAUAGAGUGGACAUCUUCGCAAAUAACCCAAACACAACGACGAACGAGGGCGUAGAAGAAAGCCAACCAUUGCUUGAAGCAUCGCCAGCCGCACCCGUGGCCUAUCAAGGUAGCAAUCGUUAUUUUGUUUUCGUGGCUUACAUAAUCCAUUUAUUCGUUUGUCGUAUAAUACCACUGACAAUAUUCUCAGCAUUUCUCUUAACCUCGUCCAAUUUUCCGACCCAUUUUGAAUGUCCUUUGCCCAAUAUGAAAACGACAGCUAGUACUUUCCAUGAGAACGUCACACGACCAGCUAGGAAUUCUUCAUUUGUGGACUGUACUUAUUCAAUGGGUGGAAAGAAACGACAAGUUGUUGUCGGCUUUAUCACGAUAAAUUUUCUCGUCGAUGCAGUGACACUCUUAGAGAUUGUUUAUCUGUUGUGGUCCGCAUGGAAGAGACCUACUUUCCAUACUGAUCAGGAGUUUAUUAGCGUGUACCUUUUACAAAAACGUUUAAAAUUAACUCUAGAGAUAAACCGAGAGUUAAUGAAAAUGAUUCGAGAAAGCCAAUCCGAAAAUUUAUUUGACGUACAUGACGACUUUGGAAGAGAAGACUUGUCACGUCGAAAACUGGAGGAAAUCUAUAUUAAUGUUAUAAUUCAAGAUGGAAGGGAAUGUGCCUACAAACCCAGUAGAGAAUUUGAAAGUAGACAUCAGAUUUAUGAUGUUCAAUUGGAAAAACCUCCUAAUUCAAGAAUCCUCAAGAGUCCAGCAGAAUUAUUUCAAACAGAAAAAGGUAAGAAAGAACCUAGAACUGUUCUUGUAGUGGGCAGACCUGGAAUUGGAAAAACUCUACUGACAAGAAAAAUAUUUCACGAAUGUCAGCAAAACGAAGAAAGAUCUGGAUUCUGGAAUGGAAAAUUUGUACUAUUGAUUAACUUUCGUGAUUUUAACAAAGGAGAAACAAGCCUUCGAGAAAUGUUAAGCGAGGCUCAUGGUCUUGAUAUGUCAUUAGUUCAUUGUGGCAUGACUGUCUUUCAAUUUGUUUGCAAAUACCCAAAAAAUGUCAUUCUUGUUUUUGAUGGCUUGGAUGAACUUAAAGUUGAUCAAGAGUGUUUAACUGAUGAAAUGAUUAUAAACAGCCCUGACAAAGAUUGUCAUAUGUUGCUUAUCCUUAAACAGCUGGUGAAAGGCAAAUUAUUGCCUGGAGCCACUGUGUUAAUCACAUCUCGACCUACAGCAGAAUAUAUUUAUCGACACCAAAAGUUUGAUCGGGAAGUGGAGAUAUUAGGUUUUAAUGAGGAACAAAUAGAAAAGUAUGUUGAAAAGUUUUGUGAUGAUGACAUGAAAAGUUCAGAGAUAUGGCAAGUAAUUAAGAGUUCCCCAGAACUAUUAAGCUUCUGUUACAUACCAGUCAACUCCUAUAUAGUGUGCUUGACAUUAUAUGAGAGCAUUUAUUUUGGUGAACAAAUGGUCGAUGGAAACUAUAGUAAUAUUCCCAAAACAAUAACUGAACUGUACAAAAGAGCUAUAAAGAUUUUGCUGUUCAAACACAAUUCAAAAUACAGGAAUAAACCAGUAGACAAAGAUUACUUGACUGCAAAACUUCCAGAGCAGUUUCAAGGGGACCUGGACAAAUUAAAGAGAAUUGCAAGGAAUGGAAUGAAAAAAAAUAAGUUAGUUUUUGAAUUUGAGAGCAGUGAUAAGUCUAUGGCUGGCUUAUCUGAUUCUGGUGUGUUCAAUCAAUUAAAAGACAAAAGGCGAAAUAUCUUCUCUUUUCUUCAUCUUACAAUUCAAGAGUUUUUGGCUGCACUACAUGUGGUUGAUGAUAUUAAAAAUGUUGAAAGAUUUUUAGAAGAUCACAUUAAUAAACCCAGGUGGCAUUUGGUGAUCCAGUUUGUAGCUGGGUUACUUGGAGAUAAGAUGAGAGAGUUCAGGUCAGCAAAGCAUGAAGACAGUAAAGUGAUUGAACGUAUAUGCACAAGAUUUCAAGACUGGAUGCCAAAGAAACGAUGUAUUGACGACAGUAAUGACAAAAGUUUACUCGUGGUAAAAAGUGUUUGGGAAAUGCAAGAAGAUCGCGUCAUGAAAAAGAUUUCGUCGUUUGCGUCUGAGGAUGAUCAUGAAACGUUUGUUUUGGAAACAUUAAAUAUUGCACCAGCAGAAUCUACGGCUUUGUUCAAAUUUUUAAGCCACAUCAAGAACUUGAAACAACUUCAAAUCCAUCUUUGUACUGUGACGAAAAUUUCUAUCCGUGAAUUGGCUGAGUUUUUGAAGAAAGAUAACCAUGGCCUGAAGAGUGACAACUGUGAACUUACUGAACUAGAUGUAAGUGACAAUAUUGGUUUAACUGAAGGUGCUAAAUAUUUAGGUGAUGCUUUGAAGAGUGACAACUGUAAACUUACUGAACUAGAUGUAAGAGGCAAUGAUUAAACUGAAGGUGCUAAAUAUUUAGGUGAUGCUUUGAAGAGUGACAACUGUAAACUUACUAAACUAAAUGUAAAUUUCAAUGAUUUAAAAACUGACGGUGCUAAAUAUUUAAGUGAUGCUUUGAAGAGUGACAAUUGUAAACUUACUGUACUAGAUGUAAGCAGCAAUGGUUUAAAAACUGAAGCUGCUAAAUAUUUAAGUGAUGCUUUGAAGAGUGACAACUGUAAACUUACUGAACUAAAUGUAAGUCACAAUGGUUUAAAAACUGAAGGUGCUAAAUAUUUAAAUGAUGCUUUGAAGAGUGACAACUGUAAACUUACUAAACUAGAUGUAAGUGGCAAUGGUUUAACAACUGAAAGUGCUAAAUAUUUAAAUGAUGCUUUGAAGAGUGACAACUGUAAACUUACUAACCUA